GUGUGAGCCGAAGCAAACCUUCCUUUGGUUACUUUUUGUGGGGCACUUGGUAGCAGUGACUGCAGAGUAGCUAACACAGUCCUUUAGACAGGAGUGUGCCCAUCCCUCAUUGGUCCAUGUCUUGCUCUGACCUCACAAGGAGUCAUUGUGAGGAAUGACUGACACCUGUGCAUAUAACACACUGCCUAGGCCUGGGUUUUGUCCUUCUAGUACAGAGAGCUGUUGGGUAGUGAGUGAUCUGUGGGACUUGGAUGGUGGUGACAGUUUUGGACCUGGAUAUCGGUGAAGUUUUGGACUCGGAUGCUGGUGACUUGUUUUACUUGACAGAUUGGUGUUGGUAAGAGCCUUUAUAUCAACAAAGAGGAAGAAGUGGGAAAUGGCUCAAGGCAACACCCUACAGUACAACUCCUCUGACGAAGAGGCUUUAACAGAGCACUAUGAAAUCCUAAAGACCCUUGGUCGGGGAGCAUUUGGAGAAGUAAAAUUGGCUAGCCAUCUACUCACCCAGACAAGGGUAGCAGUAAAAGUUCUUCCAAAAGGCACAAAGAAUAGCCUCAUCAAAUCAGAAAUUGAAAUAAUGAAAUCUCUAGACCAUCCCAAUAUCAUUAAACUUCUGCACAUAAUCGACACCACAAAUACCACGUACAUAGUUAUGGACUAUGCCAUAGGCGGAGAGCUGAUGGACAGGAUUGUGGAGUUUGGCUACCUACAGGAGGAGGAGUCCCGUAAGGUAUUUAAACAGAUGGUAUGUGCCCUUCAGUAUUGUCACAUGAAAGGGAUUGUUCACAGGGAUCUAAAGCCUGAAAAUAUUUUAGUGGACGGCAAAGGAAAUAUAAAACUCAGUGAUUUUGGGCUGGGCACCAAGCUUACCCUGGGGCAGAAGCUAGCACAUUUCUGUGGGACCGUUCCUUAUUGUGCCCCAGAAGUCUUUAAAGGUGGAAGCUACGAUGGCCGAGCAACCGACAUCUGGAGUUUGGGGGUUGUACUCUACUUUAUGUCUACAGGGUGCCUCCCUUUCAAGGGAACUGCCUUUGUAGGAAUAAAGGAGCAGAUCUUGGUGGGAAAGUACUCUGUUGAAUUCAAGCUGUCGCCAGAGCUUUGGGAUCUUAUUGCUAAGUUGUUAACUAUAAAUCCUGGAGAAAGACCAACAAUAGAUGAUGUUGUGGGCUUUCAAUGGCUGAAGCAUGGCAAUGAAGGUUCUCCCAAUCCCUUUAGAGAGAACGAUGAGGACAGCUACCCAGACCCCACUGUGAUGGCCAUCAUGGGUGUCAUGGGUUAUAAGCAAGGACAGAUCCUGGAAGCUUUACACGAGAAGAAGUUUGAUCAAGUGAUGGCCACCUACUUGAUUCUUAGGCAGCAGUCACCCUGGGAAGACAUUACAAAAGAUCUUCAGCCCAAGCAGUCUGCUGGAACCUUGAACCUUACAGGCCCUCCCACAACACCUAAAGUGACUAUCAAGAGGGGAUCUAGUGUCUCUAUCCUUUCCACUUCUUCCAGUUUGCACACUCUAACUGAGAGUCCCGAGAAUGACAAAAAGGGGAGAACGAGGUACAGUAGGCCUCCCACCCUGAACUGCCCUGACAAGAAAACAGCCCCCAUUCACAGAAUCUGCCCCCAGUGUGUGCAUGAGGCUAAUUUCAUGAACAGCACCUCGGGGGAU